AUGUUGAAAUUCAAGUAUGGAGCACGGACUCUGCCGGACGCUGGUGUCACUGAGCCCAUUACCAGCCGGGCCUCCCGGCUGAAUCUUUUCUUCCAGGGGAAACCACCCUUUAUGACUCAACAGCAGAUGUCUCCUCUUUCCCGAGAAGGGAUAUUAGAUGCCCUCUUUGUUCUCUUUGAAGAAUGCAGUCAGCCUGCUCUGAUGAAGAUUAAGCACGUGAACAACUUUGUCCGGAAGUAUUCUGAUACCAUCGCUGAGUUGCAGGGGCUCCAGCCUUCUGCAAAGGACUUUGAAGUCAGAAGUCUGGUAGGUUGUGGACAUUUUGCUGAAGUGCACGUGGUAAGAGAGAGAGCCACCGGGGACAUCUAUGCUAUGAAAGUCAUGAAGAAGAAGGCCUUGUUGGCCCAGGAGCAGGUUUCAUUUUUUGAGGAAGAACAGAACAUAUUAUCUCGGAGCACAAGUCCUUGGAUCCCCCAAUUACAGUAUGCCUUUCAGGACAAAAAUAACCUUUAUCUGGUCAUGGAAUAUCAGCCUGGAGGGGACUUGCUGUCACUUUUGAAUAGAUAUGAGGACCAAUUAGAUGAAAAUAUGAUGCAGUUUUACCUAGCUGAACUGAUUUUGGCUGUUCACAGUGUUCAUCAGAUGGGAUAUGUACAUCGAGACCUCAAGCCUGAGAACAUCCUCAUUGAUCGAACGGGACACAUCAAGCUAGUGGAUUUUGGAUCAGCUGCUAAAAUGAACUCAAAUAGGAUGGUGAAUGCCAAACUUCCGAUUGGGACUCCAGAUUACAUGGCUCCGGAAGUGCUGACAGUGACAAAUGGAGAUGGAAAAGGCGUCUACAGCCUAGACUGUGACUGGUGGUCAGUGGGGGUUAUUGCUUAUGAGAUGGUUUAUGGAAGGUCCCCGUUCGCUGAGGGAACAUCAGCCAGAACGUUUAAUAACAUCAUGAAUUUCCAGCGUUUUUUGAAGUUUCCAGAUGACCCCAAAGUUAGCAGCGAAUUACUGGAUCUGAUUCAAAGUUUGUUGUGUGGCCAGAAAGAGAGACUGAAGUUUGAAGGCCUUUGCUGCCAUCCGUUUUUCUCAAAAAUCGACUGGAAUAACAUUCGUAACUCUCCUCCCCCCUUCGUUCCCACCCUCAAGUCUGAUGAUGACACCUCCAAUUUUGAUGAACCAGAGAAGAAUUCGUGGGUUUCAUCCUCUCCGUGCCAGCUGAGCCCCUCAGGCUUCUCUGGUGAAGGACUGCCGUUUGUGGGGUUUUCCUAUAGCAAGGCACUGGGGAUUCUUGGUAGAUCUGAGUCUGUUGUGUCGGGCCUGGACUCCCCUGCCAAGACUAGCUCCAUGGAAAAGAAACUUCUCAUCAAAAGCAAAGAGCUGCAAGACUCCCAGGACAAGUGUCACAAGAUGGAGCAGGAAAUGACCCGGUUACAUCGGAGAGUGUCAGAGGUGGAGGCUGUGCUUAGUCAGAAGGAGGUGGAGCUGAAGGCCUCUGAGACUCAGAGAUCCCUCCUGGAACAGGACCUUGCUACCUACAUCACAGAAUGCAGUAGCUUAAAGCGAAGUUUGGAACAAGCACGGAUGGAGGUGUCCCAGGAGGAUGACAAAGCACUUCAGCUGCUCCAUGAUAUCAGAGAGCAGAGCCGGAAGCUCCAAGAAAUCAAAGAGCAGGAAUACCAGGCUCAAGUGGAAGAAAUGAGACUAAUGAUGAAUCAGCUGGAAGAAGACCUGGUUUCGGCAAGAAGACGGAGUGAUCUCUAUGAAUCAGAGCUGAGAGAGUCACGGCUCGCUGCUGAAGAGUUCAAGCGGAAAGCAACCGAAUGUCAACAUAAACUGAUGAAGGCUAAGGAUCAAGGGAAGCCUGAAGUGGGAGAAUAUUCCAAACUGGAGAAGAUCAAUGCUGAACAGCAGCUCAAAAUUCAGGAGCUCCAAGAGAAGCUGGAAAAGGCUGUAAAAGCCAGCACAGAGGCAACUGAGCUGCUACAGAAUAUCCGCCAGGCAAAGGAGCGAGCUGAGCGUGAGCUGGAGAAGCUGCAGAACCGCGAGGAUUCUUCUGAAGGCAUAAAAAAGAAGCUGAUUGAAGCCGAGGAGCUGGAGGAGAAGCACCGGGAGGCCCAGAUCUCAGCCCAGCACCUAGAGGCCCACCUGAAACAGAAAGAGCAGCACUAUGAGGAAAAAAUUAAAGUGUUGGACAAUCAGAUAAAGAAGGACCUGGCCGAUAAAGAGACCCUGGAGAACAUGAUGCAGAGGCACGAAGAGGAGGCUCAUGAGAAAGGCAAAAUUCUCAGCGAACAGAAGGCGAUGAUUAAUGCCAUGGAUUCCAAGAUCAGAUCCCUGGAACAGAGGAUUGUGGAACUGUCAGAAGCCAAUAAACUUGCAGCAAACAGCAGCCUUUUUACCCAGAGGAACAUGAAGGCCCAAGAAGAGAUGAUUUCAGAACUCAGGCAACAGAAGUUUUACCUGGAGACGCAGGCUGGGAAAUUGGAGGCCCAGAACCGGAAGCUGGAGGAACAGCUGGAAAAAAUCAGCCACCAAGACCACACUGACAAGAAUCGUCUGCUGGAGCUGGAGACAAGGUUGAGGGAGGUCAGUCUCGAGCAUGAAGAACAGAAACUGGAGCUAAAGCGCCAGCUCACAGAGUUGCAGCUCUCUCUGCAGGAGCGCGAGUCCCAGCUCACAGCCCUGCAGGCUGCCCGGGCAGCCCUGGAGAGCCAGCUUCGCCAGGCCAAGACAGAGCUGGAAGAGACGACGGCAGAAGCCGAGGAAGAGAUCCAGGCACUCACGGCACAUAGAGAUGAAAUCCAGCGCAAAUUUGAUGCCCUUCGUAACAGCUGUACUGUAAUCACAGACCUGGAGGAGCAGCUAAACCAGCUGACGGAGGACAACGCUGAGCUCAACAACCAAAAUUUCUACUUGUCCAAACAACUCGAUGAGGCUUCCGGUGCCAAUGAUGAGAUAGUGCAGCUGCGAAGUGAAGUGGACCAUCUCCGCCGUGAGAUCACGGAGCGAGAGAUGCAACUCACCAGCCAGAAACAAACGAUGGAGGCCCUGAAAACCACCUGCACGAUGCUGGAGGAGCAGGUCAUGGAUUUGGAGGCCCUGAAUGAUGAGCUGCUGGAAAAGGAGCGUCAGUGGGAGGCAUGGAGGAGCGUCCUGGGUGACGAGAAGUCCCAGUUUGAGUGCCGAGUUCGCGAGUUACAGAGGAUGCUGGACACUGAGAAACAGAGCAGGGCCAGGGCCGAUCAGCGGAUCACCGAGUCGCGCCAGGUGGUGGAGCUGGCCGUGAAGGAACACAAGGCCGAGAUCCUCGCUCUGCAGCAGGCUCUCAAAGAACAGAAGCUGAAAGCCGAGAGCCUCUCCGACAAGCUCAAUGACCUGGAGAAGAAACAUGCCAUGCUUGAAAUGAAUGCCCGGAGUUUACAACAGAAACUGGAGACAGAACGUGAGCUCAAACAAAGGCUUCUGGAAGAGCAAGCCAAGUUACAGCAGCAGAUGGACCUGCAGAAGAACCAUAUUUUCCGUCUGACUCAAGGCCUGCAAGAAGCUCUAGAUCGGGCUGAUCUGCUGAAGACAGAAAGGAGUGAUCUGGAAUAUCAGCUAGAAAACAUUCAGGUUCUUUAUUCUCAUGAAAAGGUGAAAAUGGAAGGCACUAUUUCUCAACAAACCAAACUCAUUGAUUUUCUGCAAGCCAAAAUGGACCAACCUGCUAAAAAGAAAAAGGGUUUAUUUAGUCGACGGAAAGAGGACCCUGCUUUGCCCACACAGGUUCCUCUGCAGUACAAUGAGCUAAAGGUGGCUCUGGAGAAGGAGAAAGCUCGCUGUGCAGAGCUAGAGGAAGCCCUUCAGAAGACCCGCAUUGAGCUCCGGUCUGCCCGGGAGGAAGCUGCUCACCGGAAAGCCACGGACCAUCCGCACCCAUCUACUCCAGCCACUGCGAGGCAGCAGAUUGCCAUGUCUGCCAUCGUGCGGUCGCCUGAGCACCAGCCCAGUGCCAUGAGCCUGCUCGCCCCGCCAUCCAGCCGCCGAAAGGAGUCCUCAACUCCAGAGGAAUUUAGUCGGCGUCUCAAGGAGCGCAUGCACCACAAUAUUCCUCACCGAUUUAACGUAGGACUGAACAUGCGAGCCACAAAGUGCGCGGUGUGCCUGGAUACUGUGCACUUCGGACGCCAGGCAUCCAAGUGUCUUGAAUGUCAGGUGAUGUGUCAUCCCAAGUGCUCCACGUGCUUGCCAGCUACCUGUGGCCUGCCAGCUGAAUAUGCCACACACUUCACUGAGGCCUUCUGCCGUGACAAAAUGAACUCCCCAGGUCUCCAGACGAAGGAGCCCAGCAGCAGCUUGCACCUGGAAGGCUGGAUGAAGGUUCCCAGGAAUAACAAACGAGGACAGCUGGGCUGGGACAGGAAGUACAUUGUCCUGGAGGGAUCCAAAGUCCUCAUUUAUGACAACGAAGCCAGAGAAGCUGGACAGAGGCCGGUGGAAGAAUUUGAGCUGUGCCUUCCCGACGGGGACGUAUCUAUUCAUGGCGCCGUUGGUGCUUCUGAACUCGCAAAUACAGCCAAAGCAGAUGUCCCAUACAUACUGAAGAUGGAGUCCCACCCGCACACCACCUGCUGGCCUGGGAGAACCCUCUACUUGCUAGCUCCCAGCUUCCCUGACAAGCAGCGCUGGGUCACCGCCUUAGAAUCAGUUGUCGCAGGUGGGAGAGUUUCUAGGGAAAAAGCAGAAGCUGACGCUAAAUUGCUUGGAAACUCCCUGCUGAAACUGGAAGGUGAUGACCGUCUAGACAUGAACUGCACACUGCCCUUCAGCGACCAGGUGGUGUUGGUGGGCACCGAGGAAGGGCUUUAUGCACUGAAUGUCUUGAAAAACUCCCUCACUCACGUCCCAGGAAUUGGAGCAGUCUUCCAAAUUUAUAUCAUCAAGGACCUGGAGAAGCUACUCAUGAUAGCAGGAGAAGAGCGGGCCCUGUGCCUUGUCGAUGUGAAGAAAGUGAAGCAGUCCCUCGCGCAGUCUCACCUUCCCGCGCAGCCGGACGUCUCGCCCAACAUUUUUGAAGCUGUCAAGGGCUGCCACUUGUUUGCUGCUGGCAAGAUUGAGAACGGGCUCUGCAUCUGUGCAGCCAUGCCCAACAAAGUCGUCAUUCUCCGCUACAAUGAAAACCUCAGCAAAUACUGCAUUCGGAAAGAGAUAGAGACCUCAGAGCCCUGCAGCUGUAUCCACUUCACCAACUACAGUAUCCUCAUCGGAACCAAUAAAUUCUACGAAAUUGACAUGAAGCAGUACACGCUCGAGGAAUUCCUGGAUAAGAACGACCAUUCCUUGGCGCCUGCUGUGUUUGCCUCCUCUUCCAACAGUUUCCCUGUCUCAAUCGUGCAGGUGAACACCACAGGGCAGCGGGAGGAGUACCUGCUCUGCUUCCACGAAUUUGGGGUGUUCGUGGAUUCUUAUGGGAGACGUAGCCGCACAGACGAUCUCAAGUGGAGUCGCUUACCUUUGGCCUUCGCCUAUAGAGAGCCCUACCUGUUUGUGACCCACUUCAACUCACUCGAAGUGAUUGAGAUCCAGGCACGCUCCUCUCUGGGGACCCCUGCCCGGGCGUAUUUGGAAAUCCCAAACCCACGCUACCUGGGCCCUGCAAUUUCUUCAGGAGCAAUUUACCUGGCGUCCUCAUACCAGGAUAAAUUAAGGGUCAUUUGCUGCAAAGGAAACCUCGUGAAGGAGUCCGGCACUGACCACCACCGGGGCCCCUCCACCUCCCGCAGCAGCCCCAACAAGCGAGGCCCACCGACGUACAACGAGCACAUCACCAAGCGCGUGGCCUCCAGCCCAGCGCCACCUGAAGGUCCCAGCCACCCGAGAGAGCCAAGCACACCCCACCGCUACCGAGAGGGGAGGACAGAGCUGCGCAGGGACAAGUCUCCUGGCCGCCCCCUGGAGCGGGAGAAGUCCCCGGGCCGCGUGCUCAGCACACGGAGGGAGCGGUCCCCCGGGAGGCUAUUUGAAGACAGCGGCAGGGGCCGGCUCCCUGUGGGAGCCGUGAGGACACCCCUGUCCCAGGUCAACAAGGUCUGGGACCAGUCUUCAGUAUAA